AUGUCUUUCGUACAAGUCGAAGCUCUGGCGGCUGCUUUGGCUGGAUCAGAUAACGAAAAGAAAACAUCUAGUUUGACAGGAUUAAAAGAUGAACUUGAAUCUAUCGAUGUGUUACCAGAAUAUACAUCUCUUCUACCACUUCUCAAAACUGCCAUGGAUUCAUCCAACGGACACGUUUCAUUCGGAGCUUUAUCUUGUAUUCUACCAAUGGUCAACAAUCUGGCUACUCAUCAUCAUCAAUCUUUGUUAAAACAGAUUGUAGCUACCUUAUAUUCACCCACAUCGGGAAACGGCGUGAUGACAUUGUUGGGUGACUCAAAACAACGGGUUCGUGAAACAGCUCGAGCUGCUCUCUCUGCUGCAUCUAUGGCGGUUUGUGAAGCUCAACUUCAGUCGCAUCAACCGCCUGGUUCUAACGAGGUACUUCAAGACUUGGAACGAAUGGUGAAGGAACAUGGUUUUGCGAAUAAGACUGCCAGGGCAAGAGUUCAGUUAAAAGCCUAUCUUCCAUCGAUGAUCUCACUUCUAGAAGACUCGGAUGCAUCUGUUCGCUCCAGUGCCUCGGAAACCAUCAUCACCGUAUUCCAAGAUCCCUCAAUCCCACCUUCAGCUCGUGCCGAUCUGAAGAAUGAAUUAGCCAAACAAGGCAUCCGCAAAUCUACAGUCGACACAAUCUUACCCAAAAUCUUCGAGUCGCAAAAUUUGACGACGACUGAAAAUACAAUCUCGAGAGCAGGAUCUCUUAGUCCUCCUCGGGCUUCUUCUAGUGGAAUCAAGACUGCAGACGAAAGGGCUUCAAUCGCCACAAUGACAUCAUCUACUUUACCACCUUUAGGCGUUCCAACGAGCUCUGUAACAGAUGUUGGACAAUCUAGUGGUACAAUUCAAGCAGUUUACAUCGCCUCCUCUCGCGAAAUGGAAUCAGAGUUUACAAAGAUGUUACCUCCAUGGGAAGGUAAAGAAACAGAACACAAUUGGCAAAUUCGAGAAGCUAAUGUGAACCGACUACGAGGGAUGAUCAAAUCGAAUGCACAUCUUCAAUACACUCUAGACUUUGUUUCCGGUUUAAAAUCAAUUUCAGAUGGUUUAUUGAAAUCAUUAGCCAGUCUACGUACCACUUCAGCUGUGGGUGCUUGUACUUUUUUACAAGAAGCCUCAACUUUAGGAAGCCACUUUGAUUCACUUUUAGAUCUUUUUCUUCCACCACUCUUACGGAUGGCAGCUCAAACGAAAAAGCUUGUGUUUUCAGCUUCUCAAAAUGCAGCCACCUCUCUUAUUCAAUCUACUUCAUAUAAUACUCGUACUUUACAAUUUCUUUUUACAAGUGUGAAUGAAAAGACAGUACAAGCACGUACAGCUGGGAUCAGUAGACUUCAAGGAUUCAUUGAAGUUCAUGGUCAAAGUUCAAAAGGUCAAAUCGAAUCAGGAGGAGGAUUAGCUUUGAUUGAUAAGUCACUUAAGAAAACCUUGGCCGAUCCAAGUCCGAUCGUACGUCAAACGGCUAGAGAAGUCUAUUGGAUUUGUUCAAGUCUUUGGCCAAGUAUGACAGAAGCUUUGAUGGAAACGCUUGAUGGACCUACUCGAAAACAAUUAGAAAAAGCUUCAAAUGGAUUACUCUCUUCGACUUCUACAUCAAAACCAUCAAGUGUACCUGCACCACGUGUCUCAGUUCGAUCGAUGAUCAAGUCUACUAGAUCUGUUCGUACCACCAGUGGACCCAUCUCGGUUGGACCGAUUGAAAGAUCUACAGCUAAUAAUACUCCACGAAAAAGUGAUUCUUUGAUCAAUACACCACCACUCACUCGAACCCAAUCACAUCUCGCCAAAUCACAGGGACAUCAUCCUAAAUCACCUGAUUUUUUACAUUCCAAAUUCACUUCCAGUAACACUCUCACUGGUAUCUCUCAAGUCACACCACCACGUCAAGCACCUCUUAAUCGAUCUACUCGUAUUCCUCAUCCUGUACCACCUCCAGUUUCUAGUUCUACAUCAGUAUCACCCCUACGAAAGUCAGUAUCAGUGAGAUCACAUACAAGUCAUCAAAUGUCAAGCAAACCGAUUCAAUCCCAUAAGAUUCGAGCAUUAAGUCGACAACCAUCUUGUUCAUCUGAUCCAGCACUACCUUCACGUCCGUUUCGAGGUAGGAAUAAAGAAGAUGAAAACGAACGAGUUGGACAUUCAAAGAAACGAGCCAACUUGAUGCAAAUGGAAGAAGGAAUAGUAGAAGAUGCGAUGAAAGCACAAGCUGAACAAGCUGAAUCAGCAGCUCAUAGGUUAUUAGAAUUAACGGAAGAUGAAUUAAUAGAAAGUGAACCUUUGGUACCAUUAGGACCAGGAGGAGUGUUGAUAUCGACAUCUAAAGAAAGAAGAUCGAAUCCAAAGAUGAAAACAUCUAUCGGUUUAGUUGGAACUCGAAAUGAAGAAUUAGUUGGAUUGAGAGAGAUGAAUUUGGCUAAAUUGAGUAAAGUGAAUAAGUUGGAAGAUGUAACGAUUUGGAAACAGAUGUUUGAAAACUCACCGGCUCAUCUUCAUCAGAAUCAUCAAACUCAUCAUUUAGUGGCUGAUCUAAGGAAUCGAAUGAGAGAUUCUUGGUGGCAUCGUCAAGCUGAAUUGACGAUGUGUGGAGCUGUAAGUGGAUUAUCAAGAGAAGAAAUUAAAAAACUUGUAAAAGAAUUGGGUGAUCUUGAAUACGAUUUCAAAGCAGAAGAUUAUAUUAACUUAUCACAAGCUUGUGUUGAUCAUGGGUUUAAAGUGAAUUCAGAACUAUCAAGCUUUCAAACUCAAGAAGAACAAGAGUUUUGGGUUCGAGAGAAAUUGUUUGAUGGUUUAUUUGAUGGUUUAAGAGAUCGAUUACGUCAAAAUGUAAGCAAGAAAUCCACUCGUGAUCAUCAAUUGAUCUUAUUAAGAGCUAUGAUCUUAUAUGAAUCACAUUUAAUGGUAGGAAAAGAAACCGAACUUUGUACGAUCUUAUUAGAAACCGUUCGAUCAGCACCAUCAAGUGUUAUGAUUGCAUGUGAAGCGAUUGGAUUAAUGUGGGUAGAACAAACUGAACCGGUUUAUGGAUUAAGUUGUUUAAGAAGUGCAGUUGAGAUGAUGAAAGAAGAAGAAGUCGAAGAAGCAGAAGAGAUCCAAAAGAAUUUAUCCAUCAGAUUAGCUGUGAUUUGUGUAGGUGAAUAUUUUGGUAGAUUACCUAUGGAGAUUAUUGUUGAAGCUUUACCUAAAGCUAAAGAAUUGAUUAAAGAAGGAUUAAUGAGUCAAGAUCCAGAAACAAGAAUGACAUCAGUGAUGAGUUUAGUGAUUGCUAAUUCGAUACUUAAAGAUGAAAAGUUAAUUAUGAAGAUCUUGGAUCCUUUAAGUAAAAGUCAAGAAGCUCUUUUGACUUAUUAUCUUACUCCUGAUCAAAUUAAACCUUUGUAGGAUUUAGGAAAGGAAAGGAAAGGAAAGAAAAAACAAGAAAAAACUUUCUAUAAACAUCUUAAACUCCAUUAGUAUGGGUCUUUUUUUCUUUUGUGUUUUCAGAUUGGUUGGGGUUUUUUGCUCGAAUUAGUUUGCGGGUUUUUGUUUUUUUGUGUUUGAUUAUUUACAUUUUAUAGAUUAGAAAGGAUUCAUAUAGUGUUUGUGUGUGUGUUUGUUAAAAAGUUUUAAAUACAAAUCAAAUAUUUAAUCAAUCUUAUUUUCUCUCUCUCACUUUUUUGCAAUCAAGUUUUCUUUUUUACAAUAGC